CCCGGUAGCACUCCCCUCGCUUCCCUUUUGUAGAAUCAAGUUUAUACUAGCACCAUGCCUCCUAAAAAAGGCUUGGGUGGAGCCAAAGGGAAGGGAAAAGCCCCCCGUACACAGGCAAAACGGGUAAGGCACCGUGAUGAUUCCUCUGACGAGGAGUUAGAUCCUCAAGUGGCGGCCUUAAUUGCAAAAGUGCAAGCCCUAGAGAGAAGCAGGGGGGUGGCGGUCUCCGCACCAGCUGUUAACCCUCAAACAACGGGGGUUAGGCAGCACCAUACUAGGCGUCAAACACAGGCUGAUUUACUUCAAUCACUCGCUGCUAGGAUUGAAGCCAUCGAGCCACAGCGGCCACAACUCACGGAGCAGUCGCCGCUCCCUGACCAGGCGGGCACAUGCGACAUCAACGAGGAUGUGCCUUCAGGCCCGCAAACGCAAACGGCUUCGGACGGGAUACAGCCUGCAGCUCCCAUCCCAACUGCGCCAAACGCAGGUUCGGCGCUUCCGAGACCUGGCACCUUGGGCGCGUCAGCAGCCGGAACCCAUGCCCCCAUCCCUAUGGGCCAUUGGCAACUUGAAAUUGAGCGCGCUGUAUGGCAAUCGAUAGCACCAAGCACGAGAGCAUCAUACCAGCGCGCAGGUAAGGAAUUUCAUGCUUUCAGAGCAGCUAAGCGCCUGGCUAUAGUAUGGCCCAUUCCUGUCGAUCACAUCCUGCAGUUCUGUGUCUUUUCUUACGCGAAGGGCCUUUCUGCACGAACCAUCGCAGGUAAGUUAGCUGCCCUGGCAUUCUUGGCCAAGAUGCAGGGUGUGCCUGACAGCACCAGUGACUUUCGAGUACGACAGGCAUUGAAAGGGUGGUCCAAGGCCUCGCCUCAGCCGCAGGAUAAUCGCCUUCCAAUCACCCCGGACAUAUUAGCCAGGUUUAAAAGCCAAUGGCUCUUUUUAUGUCAUUCGCCUUAUGAGGCAGCAUUAUUUCACGCAGUAGCAGUAACAGCGUUCUUCGGGGCCUUCCGUAUAUCGGAGUUACUUGCGUGUUCUAAGAAUGACCGGUCAUGUACGGCCUUGCAGUAUCAUGACCUAGCUCUAUUCGACCAUGGCGUCACUUUGCGGCUGAGGAGGUCUAAGACUGACCAGGAGGGAAGAGGUGCCUGUAUUUCUCUUAAUCGCGCUCAAAUUACUGACAUCUGCCCGGUAAGCGCAUUGCAUACUUUCGCUAACUUGCGGGGUGAUCGAGAGGGCUACCUCUUCUGCCACAGUGAUUCAGCACCAUUAACCAAAUAUCAAUUUUGGUCCAUAACCAAGACAGCAUUGCAAACGUUGGGACUACAAGCUACAUCAUAUGGCACACACUCCUUCCGGAUUGGGGCAGCAUCCACGGCGGCCAGCCUACAGCUCCCCCAGCAAACCAUUCAAAGCAUAGGUCGAUGGAAAUCUGCAGCCUUCCAGUCCUAUGUCAGGAAAAUGUCAUAAGAUGGUCAUAUCAUUAACUGACUACCAUGUCUAUUUUAGAUCACAGGAGGAGGUGUGCGCCUGUUCGCAUUGUCAUAUGCGGGCACAGCAUGGUCUUUUGGGCCGGCAGAAGGGCUGCGAACUCUUCUUUUGGAACCCAGCUGGGCUUCAGCCAAUUGGCCAACAUCCAAUGGCUUGGAAGACGCGGGAUGCGGUGGGAACGGCUCCUUCCCACGUUAUUUCAAGCUGCGGCCUCGCCACCACAGGUCCUCAUCAUUCAUCUUGGAGGAAACGACCUGGGGUUACUUAAGGGCAAGGCUUUAAUACUGCAAGCAAUUGCCGACUUCAAGGUUAUUCGGCAGCGUUGGCCUGGCAUAGUAAUUAUCUGGUCCUGCAUCCUGCCCAGGUUUGCGUGGCGAUCCGGCGAGAUCAAGCCAAUGGAGAGGGCGCGUCGCCGUGUCAAUGGCGAAAUCUUCCGCGAUCUGAUUAAACAUGGGGAUGUCAGCAUCAGGCACCCGUUGAUUACACUGGCCCGGAGGGAGCUAUAUCGACAGGACGGCGUACACCUGUCUGACAUUGGUAACGACUUAUUUCUGCAUGAUCUGCAAAGGGGACUUAAGGGCGUCCUAGGGCAAUGGGGGGGGAGCGACUAAGCAAGUGGCUUGCCGCCCCCUGUGGCAGGUAGAGAAGGCAUCCAGAGGGAAUAUAAUGGCGAGAUUCCAAGGCACUGUUUCAGUGAUUGGUGACUCCCGAGGGCUCCCGGUGUUGAGCCCUGUGGCCAGGCCGGGGGAUAAGGACCACCUUUGAGGCCGACCUCGCUCACCCACCUUGAGCCCGUGGGGGCAGGGGUUGGGGGUGACAAGGGAAGGUCUCCCUACCCCUGGUUGGGGAUGGACAGCGGGGUGGCGAAACCGAGCGCCACCUGCUGGACCAGGAAAGCUCGCCCGUUCACUUAGGAAGGCCUGCACGCAGGCCUGGCUGGAUGCCUGAGGAGAACCCCCUUUGCAGAUCUUGAAUAAAUGUGGCCCAGUUUAACUCCAUCACUUGUGUCGUCUCUUAUUUCUUGCGUCCGUCCCACAAGGCACAUUCUGCCAUGCCCGGCCAAGCCUGGGCAUGGGGAGGGUUUUGUGGGCGGGGCAAGACUGAGACGUGGCCACCCUGCAUUGGCAGGGCCUCUGGGGACUGGGAGGGGUUGGGCACCUUUAUCAAGGGACGCUUGACCCCUCCAAGCCCUCUUGCCCUCGUGCUCCGCGGCUCCCUCCCUCCCUCCCUGUAGACAGUGUGUUCCUUGGGUCGCCUUUAUGGGGCCGAGUAGGAAUUUUUUGCUCCCGCCCUGAAUUGGACGUGAGUUGUUUCGCCUACUCCACACUGUAAGACAUCGGGGGAGUUUAACUAGGUCAAUUUGGCUGCUAGCGAUUUGGUCACCUAGUUCAAGGCAGGUAGAGAAGGCAUCCAGAGGGAAUAUAAUGGCGAGAUUCCAAGGCACUGUUUCAGUGAUUGGUGACUCCCGAGGGCUCCCGGUGUUGAGCCCUGUGGCCAGGCCGGGGGAUAAGGACCACCUUUGAGGCCGACCUCGCUCACCCACCUUGAGCCCGUGGGGGCAGGGGUUGGGGGUGACAAGGGAAGGUCUCCCUACCCCUGGUUGGGGAUGGACAGCGGGGUGGCGAAACCGAGCGCCACCUGCUGGACCAGGAAAGCUCGCCCGUUCACUUAGGAAGGCCUGCACGCAGGCCUGGCUGGAUGCCUGAGGAGAACCCCCUUUGCAGAUCUUGAAUAAAUGUGGCCCAGUUUAACUCCA